AAGGCGCUGCUACUCUAACACUGUCACCUCACCUGCGCGCCGGAAGUGAGUCCCAUAGAGGACAGGUAACUGAGGCGGUUAUGGUUAAGUGAGAAAACAAAACUAAACAAUGGCAAAGCGAUACUGUUUGGUGCUCGUCUUAGUGCAUUUAGCUAUAGUUCUUGCACAAGAUCCAGAAAUUGUCGAUGAAAUCUGGCCAGAAGUGCAGCAAGUUGGUCGAACAGGUCGUCUAAACUGCACAGUUGCGUACAAAAGGGAGAACGUGGUUUUUUGGGAAAAUACAAAGUCAGGAGAAACUAUUUCUUCAGAUGACAGUAUUGUUUUGCCACUUAAUCCUAUGAUUGGAGGACUUCGCAAGUAUGAGGUUCAGAGCAGAAUAAAUGGAGAUCGAACAACAUUCAUGCUCGUUGUCCGAAGACUCUUGGAAGUGGAUGCAGGCAGAUACAGAUGCUAUGUCCGAAUACAAGCCACACCUGUGAAUAUGUGGCCUUCAAAAUAUGGAACAAUUACUGUGCAAGUGCCUCCAACCAUCCGACCUGGUGAGACCACAGCAGUGCUACAAGUGGACCAGCGUGAUAAUGCCACACUGGUUUGCUCAGCUUCAGGAAUCCCAGCUCCCAACAUCACAUGGACCAAAUCAGAUGGUGGGUUCCUGGCAACUGGGCAAGCACAGCACAGGAGUGCCAUUCUGCCCAUCACAUCUGUGUCAGUGAGCGACAUGGGUGUAUAUAGGUGUGUUGCUGACAACAACAUCAAGCCACCUGCCGAACAUCUGGCCCAGGUGUUGGUGUUUCAUGCUCCAUCAACACGGGUGGUGCAGGACUCUGUUGGACAGGCACAGAACCGACGAUUUAAUGCCAAGCUUGAGUGCAUCGUUAAAGGUCACCCAGAACCCACUGUGACCUGGCAAAGGGUGGUAAAAGGAGGUCGUUAUGAUAUAAAUGAUGAUGAUAAGUUCAGUAUCAACAAACAGACUACAGACAACCAAAAUCUAAAAGCAGGAGAACAGUGGUACACUCUCAAGGUGAAAAAUGUGCAGGCUAAUGAUUUUACUGACUACUAUUGCAUUGGCACAAAUAUCAAAGGCACCAAUUCUUCAAAAAUUGUCUUGUUUGAAACUCCCGACUGCCAAGGCCCAAACUGCCCUUCGCUGCCAACCUCCAGCUCCAGCAUCAUGAGGCCAUCUACCCUCAUCUUCUUAGCUGCAGCUGUGUUGCUGAUUAGAAGGAUUCGUGUGGCUCUUAACACAUCGGAUGUUCCGCGCAAAACUAAGCUUUUCAAAUUAAAAUUGUUUUCAGAUUUAACAAAUAUUAUUGUGAUAGCACCAUCUCGGACCAUGUGGAAGGUUUUGGUUCUUGUCUUCGGUGUCAUCUUGGCCAUUAGUCCAAUCAAUGGCCAGGAUCCGGAAAUAGUGGACGACAUUUUACCAGAAGUCCAAAGAGUUGGAGGAACUGCUCGCCUCAACUGUACGGUAGUUAAUCUGCAGACGAAUAAUGUCUUCUGGCUCAAUAAGGCUACAUCAGAAACAAUCUCCAUGGACUCGAACAUCGUGCUGCAGUACAACCCCAUGGUCGGAGGGCUGCGGAAGUAUGAUGUAGAGCGUAGGAUGAGAGGCGACCGUCAAACGUUCAUGCUUAUCAUCCGACGUCUGCUGCAGCAGGAUGCCGGCCAGUACGAGUGCCAGGUCAAGAUUCAGAACCAGAACAACCUCACCCCAGUGAAAAAGAUUGGCAUUUUGACCGUUCAAGUGCCACCGAGUAUACUGCCGGGGGAAACAACAACAGUGCUGCAGAUCGACGAGGGAGAGAACGCUACUCUUCGAUGCGAAGCCACGGGAAUUCCCUCCCCUAACAUCACGUGGACACGCUCGGACGGGAAACUUCUGCCCACUGGUUCUGCACAGUUUAGAGGAAAAUAUUUACCGCUGAAGACAGCGAAUGUGAAUCACACAGGCGUGUACCGGUGUGUGGCGGACAACAACAUCAAGCCGCCAGAUGAACACCUGUGCUCACUGGAGGUGUUUCACGCUCCCACCGCCCGGGUUGUGCAGGACUCGGUGGGGCAGGCACAGGGGAGGCGACUGAGCGCCAGGCUGGACUGCAUCGUGAACGGCUUCCCAACACCCGAGGUGCGGUGGGAGAGAACCGUUAAAGGAGGACGAGUUGAAAUCAGAGACAACGACUUUUUCGUAAACGUCAAGCAGACGACAGACAACCAGAAUAUGAUGGCCGGAGAACAAUGGUACACACUGAAGGUGAAGAACGUUCAGGCCAAUGAUUACACCGACUACUACUGUAUCGCCCACAACUCCAAAGGCAAAACGGAGGUUACCAUCGUGCUAUUUGAAACGCCUGACUGCCAAGGCCCCAACUGUCCCUCUCUCCUGACAAGCAGAGGCAGCUCUGCAAUGCUUGCUUUCUCCAUGGCCUUUAUCUGCUUCCUGCUGCAUGCGUUGGCCAGGCGACUGCGCUGAGUGAAGCGCG